AUGGAAGAAGGAAAAUCCAAUCUUGAUGAUGAAAUCAGGGGGAUCCUGGCAGAAUUUAUGGUGGGAGUUAUCAAGUUUGAAGAGUUAGUGGAAGUUGGCCAGACGUUUCUUGCUAGAUUUCAGCAGGCACUUGAGUUUCUUCGACGCCCUUCAAUAUUUGAAUCAUCAGAGCUGGUCAAGAGCAUUGUUAAAGCAAAUGAAACUAAGAGGGUUGGUGCAUAUGUAGAAGCUGGUUGCAUUAAGGCUUAUGAUAGCACAGUGAGUGUUAGUCAGCUGAACACAAGUUUGGGUAACCUUCGGGAUUAUUCACUUAAAGUCAAAGGCAUAGUUGAUGAACUUCAAAGUCUUAUGGAUAAGGCAGACAAUGCUUUGAUCAUGAACCCAGAUGACCAAUUAGAUAUGGAUUCCCUGGGUUCAGAACAAGAAGUAAUUGCUUCUCAAAAGCUUGAUGCUGCUGGUUGUGCCUCUAUGGCAGUAAUAUACAGCAUGGUGAAACAAGAUUAUACAAUGCAGGAAAAGAUUGUUUCUUCAUUGAAUCUAAAAUCAUCCACCAGUGAAUUGGAUAGCUACUGCAAAAUGUGGAUGCUAAGGCCGUUUAUAAUUGAUGAUAUUAUACAUCAAACUUUAAGACAGGUUAGAUGA